AUGUUAAGGUUUUAGAAAUUAGGGGAAGAUGAGUAAGCUCGUUUGGAUCAGGAAAGCCUUAAACAAAAAAAGGAAUUGUUAAAAUAAGAAUUUGAACACUAGGAAGAAAUAAGAAAAUAUGACAACCUUUCGAUUGUUUCAUCCAAUGACUUCAAAUUUAAGGCAGAAUUAGAUAAAUUGCAAAGCGAAAACAAAAAAAAACAAUAAGAAUUAGAACUUCUGUUAAAAGCAGGAUAAAAUAAAAGAAAAUCUAAAACAGGAACUUCUUAGAUGCAUGCAUCCACUAGUGGUUACGGGGUUAUUCAUUCUAUAAAUAAUCAUCAUUCUGACCCAUUGUUUGAAACUUUUAGUGGGAAUGUGAAUCUUAAGUUAUUAGAUUUGGAAUAGAGAGAUUAAUAUAUAGAAUCAUUGCUGUUGUAGGAAUCUCGUUAUGAAAAUUUGAUAUUGGAGGAGUAGGAGAAGAGUGAGUCCUUGCAAAAGAUCCUAGUUGAAAUUGAAAAAUCUAAACUAAUCUAACAACGAAAAUGUGAAGAAUUACAAAUUAUACUAAGCAAAGCAGAUAAGAGGUUUAAUAAUACUGAUGCUGUUAAAUUGAUGGCCGAAAACAAGAAGUUUUUAAGUAAGAAGAACCUAUAAUCUAUAAAAAAUGAGUUUGGUUAAAUGAAGUAAAUGUAAGACACUUACAAACAUUCAUAGGAAAAUAAAUAAUAAUAAUUGUAAAAGAUACUAUAUGUUGGUGAAGAAAACAUAGGACAUAAUGUUUUAAAAAUGGAGGAAGCAGAACGAUUUAUAGAUGCUUAAAAUAAAGAGUUUGAGAUUUUAGAAGAGAAGAAAUAAAAUUAAUUGAAAAAGAAAUAAGAAAGCAGAUAUAUUCUUACUUAUAUUGAAUUUUUUGAGAUUUUUGAAUAAAUAUUCAUGAACAAAGAGAAACCAAAUGAAAUUAGAUUGGUUGAUCAAUACACAGUGAAUGAGGAAUUUUUAUAAAAAUGGAAUCAUAAUUAAUAAAAUGAUAAUUUAUAAUAAGAACAAGAGAUGAACUUUGAUAGAAAUGAAUUGCUCUCUCAAAUCAAUAAAUUCUAUUAAGACAAUGAAUAAAGAACUGAGUACAUACUUGAGUUUAUGUUAGAAAAGUAUUGGCAUCUUCAAUAAGAAUUAACUAAACAAAGUAUUUCUUAUGAAAAUCUCUUAAAGCAAAAGGAACUUCUUUUGGAUGAAAUUGAGAAUCUAGAUUAUGAGUUAGAAGAAUUAAAAUUGAAGAAUCCAAAUUUAGAAAUUCAUGAGUAGUCAAUUGUGGCUGAAGAUGCUGGUUUAAUGAAUCUUAAAAAUGAAACUACAACUCUAAAUAUUAAGAAAAUGGAAAUAGAAGAACAUCCUGAACAGGUAGUUUGGAUAAAGGCUACUAAAACUUAAGGAUUAUUAAUGAACUUUUAACUUGGAUUAGCUGAAUACUUACAUAGAAUUUAUUAAAUUAUUUAAGCCAUUGAUUAGAAAAAUAAGGAAAAUAAGAAGUUUAAGUAUCCAAGCUUAAAUAAUGAAAUAAAUGGUAUAAAUUUAUUGAUAUCGAAAAUAUAUAAUAUAAGCAAAAGUUAGAAUCAAAAUAAUGAGUUAACUCAAUAACAUUUAAACCAAUUUGCAAUUCAUAAUAUUGUAAUUGAAGUGUUUCCUGCAUUCAAAGAAUAAGAAUAGCAUCAAAUCAGUUAGUAUUUCUACAUUUAAAGCAAAACAGAUUAAAUCCUAUGGUUUAAUUUGAGUGUUGAAAAUUUAACCAACUUUUUAAAAUCUUAAGAGAAUUCAUCAUUAUAAAAGUUACUCAGUCCAGAUAUCAUUAAUGAAUUUAGAGAUCAAUUGAUCGAAAUAUUUAAAUAUAAUUUUCAUAAAUUAUUUGAAUAUUAUCAAACAAUGUAUAAAAAGAUUAGAGAUAUCAGUUCAGAUUUAUUGUAAUUUUUAAAAGAAAUUAAUCCAAAGUUUGAUAUUAAAAAAUUAACAAAGCUACUAUUGAGGGAAGGUCAAGACAUUUAAUCAGCUAAAGAUUUGAUUAUAAGAAGAAUGAUGGAAUAUAAAACUGGAGAAAUCAUACCAUUAAAUAGUAAAAAUGAUUUGAAUAAAAUAUAAAAUCUAAGACCAAAAACAGAAGAGGAACAAAUCUAAAGUGUUUCUUAGCAACAAUAAUAAUAAUCUGAUUAAUCAGAUCCCUCUUUAUUGUUUCCAAAAAAAGAAAGAUUGGACGAAGAUAAAUUGUCUUAAAUUUAAACAUUCUUUAGGGCAAAAAUAAGAGAAAAAAAUGAAUAAUUGAGAGAUCAAAAACAUAAUGAUACUAUUUCAACUAAAGAUAGGCCAGGUAGUAAUGUAGAACAAUUAAAUUCUGAAAGUAUCUCCAUGAUUAAAGGUGAAAAUAAGAUGAACAGAGCAAAAUCAAAAAAAUUGGUAGAGAGUAAGACAGCUCGUAAUUUAAAGGAUGAUUUGGAGUAAGAAAGGAGUUUAUUGAAGGCAUAAAUAGCUGCUGAUUUAUUAAGAUUGAAAGAAGAAUAAGAAAGAAAAGAUAAACCUUUAAUGAAAGAGUAAUAAAAUGAAAUUAAAGUGCAGAUAAAACAGGCAACUGAGAGAUUGUAUGGGGAAAGACAAUAUACAGUUUAGAUAAUGAGAAAUAUGGCAUAAACUACUGGGAUUCUAAGUGACAUUAAUUAAUUAGAGCAUUUCUCUUCAAAAAUAGAGUCUCCUUAAUUAGUUGGCCAAUUUGUUAUUUAAAGAAAGAAUUUACAUAGGAAUUUAAAUAAAGAGUUAGGUUUACCAACUUUAUCUUAUUUGAAACCUACUAGUGCUUAUUAUUCUAGGAGAAAUCAAUCUUCUGAAUAAAUUAAGGCUAUGGAUUAUAAAAGAUAUAAUGAAAUAGAAAAUGGAGUUAGUUCACGACCUUAUACUUAAUAUUAAUCAAGUCGCAAGCCUUAAACUACUUCCAAUAACAAUAGCUCUAGAAAAAGAACCAAUCAAAAUUAGGAUGAAUUAAAAAAUAAAUAUUCAGGAAGAACAAGAGUGACAAACAAUAAUGAUUCAAUGAAUAAAUUUCCUGUAGCAUGCGAGAUAUUUUAAUAUGAAUAACCCAAAUCACUAUUAGUGCCAAUAGCAUCAUGA